CCGGUCGCGCCGGUCGAGCCGGUUGUGCCGGUCGCGCCGGUCGCGCCGGUCGCGCCGGGUGCGCCGGUCGCGCCGGUCGCGCCGGUCGCGCCAGUCGCCGGUGCCGGUCGCGCCGGUCGCGCCGGUCGCGCCGGUGCCGGUCGCGCCGGUUGCGCCGGUCGCGCCGGUCGCGCCGGUCGCAAUCGCGCUGGUCGCGCCGGUGCCGGUCGCGCCGGUCGCGCCGGUCGCGCCGGUUGGGGACAUCAUGGUCGUCCCAGACCAGCUGGACCCGCGGAAAUGGCAGCUCCACGUGCUGGGGGGGGCGACGCUCAUCGAAGCGUGCUAUGAUAUGAUCCAGCACGUGGAGGACACGAAGCAGCCCAACGAGCAGGUCCGACUGCUGAUCGCGAACCAG